AUCCAAGGCUCCAGAUUCAAAGAAAGUUCCAUCGCGAAAAGGGAGCAGCAGGCCAGACACCCGACCGCGCUCAAUCGGCCACUGUGAUCGUGUUUCGACUCCAAACGUCAGGCGGAAAGUGCGCGACCGUGUACGGAAGGGCAGGCAGAUCGUCUGCCAUUUACGAGACUCGAAGUGCCAUCCGAACCGCCAUGUUGAGCUCGUGAUUCGAGAGCAAAGCAGCAACUCCGUCGUUUGCAUUCCCUCUACAUAUCGCAUCGCCGAAUUGUACCCCUCGCAUCACGACCGAAUCCUCCUUCCUUCCUCAACACCAGAAUACCUUCAUCAUGUCUCUAUUCGGGAGCGCAGCUUCCUCGGCAGCGACCAACUCAGCAAACACGGCAGGCGACCUCUCCAAGGAUGUCACCGUCUCUGAUCCACCCGAGGAUACCGUCUCUGAUCUAGCCUUCUCACCCACACAGGACUUUCUGGCUGUGUCAAGUUGGGACAAGAAGGUUCGGGUGUACGAAAUCAACAGCCAAGGCCAGAGCCAAGGAAAGCUCCUCUACGAGCAUGCUGCUCCGGUAUUCAGCGUCGAUUUCUCUGCAGAUGGCACGAAGUUGGUCUCAGCCGGUGCCGACAAGAUGGCAAAACUGUGCGAUCUCGCGACUGGCCAACAGCAACAAGUCGCGGCCCACGAUAACGCGAUUAAGUGCGCCAAGUUCUUCACUCCCCCCAAUUCUAACGAAGCACUGCUGGUGACGGGAUCAUGGGACAAGACUGUCAAGUACUGGGACUUGAGACAAAGCACGCCUGUUGGAAGUGUCACCGUCCAGGAGCGGGUGUACUCGAUGGACGUUUGCAAGAAUCUCUUGGUCGUGGGCACGGCAGACAGAUACAUCAACGUCAUCGGCCUCAACGAACCCUCCAAAUUUUAUAAGACGUUGCAGAGCCCGCUUAAGUGGCAGACACGAGUCGUAAGCUGCUUCACUGACGCUUCGGGCUUUGCCGUAGGAAGUAUCGAGGGUCGCUGCGCCAUCCAGUAUGUCGAGGAGAAGGACGCCUCUCUGAAUUUCUCGUUCAAGUGCCACCGAGAUCCUCCCCAGGGCAACGUCACAAACGUCUACGCUGUGAAUGACAUAAGCUUCCACCCGCAGCACGGCACUUUCAGCACAGCCGGCUCGGACGGCACCUUCCACUUCUGGGACAAGGACGCCAAGCACCGUCUCAAGGGCUAUCCGACAGUGGGCGGCAGCAUCACGGCCACGACCUUCAACGCAUCGGGCAACAUCUUCGCCUAUGCCGUUGGGUACGACUGGAGCAAGGGCCACCAGGGUAACAAUCAGCAAUAUCCCAAUAAAGUCAUGCUGCACCCCAUCCAGGGCGACGAAUGCAAGCCUCGACCCAAUGUCAAGAAGCGAUAGGUGAAGCCUACACUGGGCGUCAAAGAUGGCUUUAGCCAGGACAAAGGUGAUGACAAGGGGAAGGAUAAUACGGCUCUGCCCACUAAAAGUAAUGGCAUGAAGUACUGAGACAGGAUCAUCACAAUCAGUAGACGGUUGCUUCGGAAAGAAAAGUUCAUGUCCCGAGGGGCAGGCAGUAAUAUUCUGUCAAUUGGCUUAGGCAUUUCGGGUUUCAGGGACGAGGCGUUUUGUGUGUGCUGAAUGGGACUUGCGAUGCGCGACGCAGACCGACAGAGAAGGGGGCUGAUACCAAUCAAGCUGAUGCCAUAAAUACUUACAUAGUUUAGAGUUCAAAAAAUGAGAACCCAAUGUUAGUGCUCC